ACCGUCGUCAAUUAACGUCGCCUUCAGCAGCAACGAAGAUCGAUCGAGAUACUCGUAAUCAAAAGAUCAACAAUAAAACAAGAUAUGAAGUUCCUCGUUCUGUGCUCAAUUGUGGCCCUUGCUGUGGCUCAACCAGCUAAACCCGAGGUGUGGAAGAGUGCGAGUAUGGACGCGAUGGUAGAUCAGAGUAAGGUCGAGUGUGCCCAGAAGAACGACGAAGUGGCUUGCAUGAAGUUCAAGGUUCUUAAUCUCCUCGAUCAAAUAUUCCGCAAGGAUAACUUCAAGGUCUCCGAAAGUGUCGAAGUAACUCGUAAUACCGAGACCGUCGACGAGGCAUCCGCACGAAGUGACGCAUCCUUCCUGGACACCAUGCAAAACUAUCUGGUUUCUCACGACGUGACCUUCAAAUUGCCCCUCGACUCUGCCGUCAAAGUUAGCGCUAGAAACAUCGAGGACGAUCAACUCACUUUUGAUGUCAAGUUCGGUCAAGGUCGCGCCGUCGAAGAAGCCCGCAAAUCCAAGCUGAAGAAAGUCAUCAUCCCCAUCCUCGUAUUCGUUCUGCUGAAGGCGAUGACCCUCAUCCCCCUGGCCAUCGGUGUCCUCGGUCUCAAGGCCUGGAACGCUCUUCAGCUUUCCUUCUUCAGCUUCGUCGUCUCCGUCGGUCUCGCCAUCUUCCAACUGUGCAAAAAAAUCGCCGCUGACAGCCAUUCGGCGCCUCUUGCUGCUCAUGGACCAUGGGAAUAUCAGGCUGCUCAGUACAGAUCCUUCCAAGACCAACCCAGCACCGUUGCAUCCGCUCAGGAUCUUGCUUAUGCUGCUUAUGCCAGAGAUUAAAUUUUUUUAACAACUCAUUAUCCUACCGGUAAACUCUGUCCCCUGUGCUCGACUCUGAAUAGGAAUAGUGUACUUUUGUAAAAUACUUCUUCGCUACGCUUGAUGCGUGCUAUUUAAUAAAUUAUU